AUGAACAGCCUGGUGGCCACGCCUCCAUUCCCUCCACACUUCCACGAACAUUAUCGUAUCUCUCCCACCCGUUCCAUGUCGACACCAGUGCAGCAAAACAGCAACCGGAAACGAAAGGCUGAGGAUGACGGCAACGAUAAUGAUGUUCGUAUGUCGGCAUCUCCCACCAACUCGCCUGCCUUCACCCCACGCCCUUUACCCUUUCCCAACCGCCAGUACAAACGCUCUCGCCCAAACGUAACUGGUCGUCCUCUACCACUCCCUAGAUUACUUGAGACCCUAGACACCGAUGCACUGAGGUCGGUGCUUCAGUCUGUGUGCGACCGUCAUCCAGGCUUAGGAGAUGAAGUUGUCCAGAUAGCACCACGGCCGAGUGUGACAUCGACGUUGCAGAUUCUUCACAACUAUCUGUCGACUCUGCAAUCAUCGAUCCCACUGGGAAGCGGUGAUUCCUUAUCAGACUAUGCAUACAAUCGAGUGAAGCAGCAGCUGAAUGCUCUACUAGACGCUCUGGAUGACUUUACACCCCAUUUUUUACCUCCCAACGAAUCGCAAACAUCUACGUCCUUGGCCUAUUUGGAUGGAGCAACGGAGGUGCUCAAUAGAGUACCUAAAGCAAACACUCCACGACACAACAUUCGUCGUGAUUCUACCUUCGAGAAUAUCAGCAAAUCUUGGGUUGUAGUGAUUCGGGAAGCCGCUAAACGGGGCGGCGGUAUCCAAUUGCAGUACGGCGGAUGGGACCAGAAAAUCGCGAAGCAUAACGAAACGUCCAACGGCAAACUACAAGAGGCUGUGAACGAGCUCAGCAACAGCCUCGGCUGGAUGGGUCCGCCUUUGCCAACAUCCGGUGGCGACCAGACUUCCAUCCGCGAUCAACUUCUCUCCGGAACAUAUGGAAUGGGGGUGCCUUUGAAGGUUGGACCCUGGUAG